UGGAAGUCCUCACCGCCGUGGUGUGGAGACUGUCUAGUCCCGGCGUUCCGGAUUUGUCUGUCGUCGUUGCGGACUUGGGAGUUUUGCUGCAGUUAUGCUUCGCCAGAUCAUCGGUCAGGCUAAGAAGCACCCGAGCUUGAUCCCCCUCUUCAUAUUUAUUGGAGCAGGAGGUACUGGAGCUGCAUUGUACGUCAUGCGUCUGGCAUUGUUCAAUCCAGAUGUCAGUUGGGACAGAAAGAAUAACCCAGAACCCUGGAACAAACUGGGUCCCAAUGAUCAAUACAAGUUCUACUCAGUGAAUGUGGAUUACAGCAAACUGAAGAAGGAAGGUCCAGACUUCUAAAUGAAAUGUUUCACUCUAAAGCUGCUUAGAAUGAAGGUCUUCCAGAAGCCAUCCGCACAAUUUUCCACUUAACCAGGAAAUAUUUCUCCUCUAAAUGCAUGCAGUCAUGUUGAUUUAUUGGAGUUUAUUACACUGAAUAAUAAAUAUGUGAAACUUGGAA